AUGGGGUUCAAAUCGCGAGGAAAGCCGACACCGUACAGGAAGGGACCAUUUCCCCGAUCCAGCCCCCGUCCCGCGAGGGAGUGGGGAUCGGGGUUGGCUUUUCUCACCGAGGCCGAACGCGCGGAUGUGGUCUUCCACACCCUGGCCUACCUCAACCACAGCCAACCCCCUGAGGAAGGGGAGGGGGAUGGGCUGGGGGGGGGUCGCCCGCGGAUUCGCUCCCUGGCGGACUUGAUGGCCGCCAGUUGUCCGGCAGGGAGCCACAGCCCCAGUAGGGGGGAAGGGCCAAAAGGAGGACACAGUAACAGGGGAGAAGGACACAGUAACAGGGGAGAAGGACACAGUAAUAGAGGGGAAGAAGAACACAGAGACAGGGGAGAAGAAGGACACAGUAACAGGGGAGAAGGAGGGGGAGGGGGGGCUCUGCCUCAUGUGACGACUUUCAGCGCGCGGCUGGACGCCCUGCUCGGGGGUGGGGUCGCGGUGGGGUCGCUGACGGAGCUCAGCGGGGCGCCCGGGGCGGGCAAAACGCAGCUGCUCCUUCAGCUCGCCGUGGGCUGCGCGCUGCCGGCGGCGGUGGGGGGGCUGGGCGGGCGUUGUUUGUGGAUCGAUACCGAGGGCAGCUUCGUGCGGGAUCGCCUCGGCGAGGUCGCACUGGCGGCGGUGGCGGCGGUCCGGCGUGGCGUCCUCAACCAGGGGAAGGCGGAGAGGGACGAGGUUAGCGGACGGCGCCGACGUGAACGCCCCACGGAGGAGGUAGAGACUGGGGAAGGGAGGGUGAGGAGGGAAAAAACGGGGAGGAGGAGCAGGAGCGGAACCCCUCCAAUCCAUCCCGCAACUUCCUCCGAUGCGGAAAAGGGAUUUCUUCAACGAAAUGAGACCACUUUCAUCUCUAACGCCCACGCGGCUGGUGUUUCUUUUCCGGAAGGGCAACCAAAGCCUCCCUUGCAGAGAACUUCAGCGAGCGCGCUUUCUGAUGAAGCCCGCCAAUUGCGUGCGGUGGGUGAAGAAUUAACGCUCUCUCAGGUGUUUGAUAGUGUGUACUACCUCCGCGUCAUCGACGCCACCACCUUCAUGGCAGUUAUUUAUUCCCUCCCGAAGUGGGUGCAGGAUGAUAAAAUUUCGAUGAUUGUCAUUGAUUCGAUUGCGUCACCGUUUCGCGGAGCAGAGUUAAUGUCUCUGGAGGAAGAAGAAGAGAAGAGUACUUCGGGUGUAAUUCCGUACAAUCGUAGUGUGGAUUACGAGGAUGGGACCGGACUCCCGCCCUGGCAGCGGGCUCGUUUGCUUUUUACCUGUGGGGAGAGACUGCAGCUGUAUGCCGCGCGCUACAACCUCGCCGUGGUUGUGAGUAACCACCUCACAAGUCGAUCCAUAAAAGUGAAAAAAACAACAUUUUUUGAGGGAAGUGGUACCGGCAAUGCUUUUCAGAGCAUUUUAAUUCCUUCCCUGGGAGAUGCCUGGGGCUGCCAACCAACGACCAGAAUUCUCCUUAGCCAUCAUCACUACAACUUACCCUUCCCGGGCGCUUGUGGGGAUGUUGAGGGGGUGAAAAAAAACGGAGAGCACGAAGUAAAGGAUCCUUUUUCGUCUAGGUUGUCAUCGUCGAUCCGUUUCAAACUUUGCCCGGAGAACAAGAUAUUAGACUAUUCCUCGUGUAGACCACGAGAAGGGGGAGGAACGUUGCCGGCGUCUGUUCAGCAUCGGGUGGCACGUCUACUGAAGUCCCCAACGCAGCCCUACGGCGAGGCGUGUUUUGUUAUUUCGAGAAAAGGGAUCCGAGAUUGGAUUUCUACUUAA